AUGAGAUCAAGCGUGCUUGCAGCAAUUGCUGCAUAUGGUUAUGUUGCCCAAGCACAAUGCCCUUACAUGAGUAAUGAGGCCCGAGACCUACCAGAGAGCCAUCAGCAGGUCCGCAGACAACAAGCUCCAGCCUCGACCGACGAGUUUAUGGCCAAGUAUGAAGUCAAUGAUACCAACGCUUACAUGACCAACAACUUUGGAGGACCCAUUGAUGAUCAAGAGAGCCUCAGUGCUGGUGAGAGGGGACCAACGCUGCUCGAAGACUUCAUCUUCCGCGAGAAGAUCACGCAUUUUGAUCACGAGCGAGUUCCUGAGCGAGCUGUUCAUGCACGAGGUGCUGGUGCACAUGGUGUCUUCACUUCCUAUGGAGACUGGUCCAACAUCACGGGUGCUUCAUUUUUGAGCACGCCUAACAAGGAAACACCGGUCUUUGUACGAUUCUCCACCGUCGCUGGAAGUCGUGGGUCUGCCGAUACCGUUCGUGACGUUCACGGAUUUGCCGUCCGUUUCUACACGGACGAGGGCAACUUUGACGUUGUUGGAAACAACAUUCCAGUCUUCUUCAUCCAAGAUGCGAUCAAGUUCCCCGAUCUCAUCCACGCUGUGAAGCCAAGACCGGAUAAUGAGAUUCCUCAAGCUGCCUCUGCUCAUGACAACGCUUGGGAUUUCUUCAGUCAGCAGCCUUCUUCCAUGCACACGCUAUUCUGGGCGAUGAGCGGCCAUGGCAUUCCCCGCAGCUACAGGCACAUGGAUGGUUGGGGUGUUCACACUUUCCGCUUCGUGACUGACGAUGGCAAGACCAAGCUUGUGAAGUUCCGCUUCCGAACUUUGCAGGGUAAGGCUUCGCUUCUGUGGGAGGAAGCGCAGGCUGCAUCUGGAAAGGCCUCGGAUAUGCACCGUGCAGACUUGUUCGACAGCAUUGAGAGGGAGCAAUACCCUGAGUGGGCCUUUGAGGCACAGGUCAUGGAUGAAGAAGACCAGCUACGCUGGGGCUUUGAUCUCCUAGAUCCCACAAAGAUCGUUCCUGAGGACAUUGUUCCCUUCACUCCUCUUGGCAAGCUCACUUUGAACCGUAACCCCCGCAACUACUUUGCCGAGACGGAGCAGGUCAUGUACCAAGUCGGCCAUAUCGUCAGGGGUAUCGACUUCACAGACGACCCACUGCUGCAAGGACGAAUCUUCUCCUACUUGGACACUCAGAUCAACCGCCACGGUGGACCCAACUUUGAGCAGAUUCCCAUCAACCAGCCCCGCGUUCCUGUCCACAACAACCAGCGCGACGGUGCAGGGCAAAUGUUCGUCCCUCUUAACACUGCUCCCUACUCCCCAAACACAAACAACGCAGGAUCUCCCAAGCAGGCCACUAUGGAACAAGGCCGUGGAUUCUUCAGUGCUCCCAACCGCUCUGUUGGUGGACGUCUUGUCCGUGCCGUAUCCUCGACCUUUGCUGAUGUUUGGUCGCAACCUCGCCUCUUCUACAACUCCUUGUCGGCUGUGGAGCAACAAUUCCUCGUCAACGCCAUGCGGUUCGAGACUGCACAGGUCAGAAGUGAGGUGGUCAAGAACAACGUUCUCAUUCAGCUGAACCGUGUUAGCCAUGAUGUGGCUGUUCGCGUCGCCCAGGCUCUUGACAUGACUGCGCCUGCUGCAGAUGACACCUACUACCACGACAACACUACGAUUGGUGUCAGUGUCGCCAAGGACCCCCUGUUGAAGAUUGACGGAUUGAAGGUCGGUUUCCUCACAUCCACCUCGGCUGGAGGCGACGCUGGUGCCUCCCUGAAAUCUGCCUUUGGUGAGCGCAAGGUUGAUGUGUCUGUCGUUGCCGAGCGUUUCGGCGAAGGCAUUGACCAGCUCUACUCGACCACCUUUGCCGGUCAAUUCGAUGCCAUCGUUGUCGACAGUGGUGCCGAGGCCCUGUUUGCGGCUCCAGGUAGCCUCUCCAACUCGACGACGACUGGCUCUGGCAACAGCACGGCGAGUGCACGAUCGACUCUGUACCCAGCUGGGCGCCCUCUGAGCAUCCUCCAAGAAGGAUACCAGUGGGGUAAGCCGAUUGCCAUGGUUGGAUCUGGCAGCGCCGCUUUCCAGGCCGCCGGCAUCGAGGCUGGCACGCCUGGUGUGUACUCGGGCAGCGAUGUGGCCGCCCUAGUCGAGAGCCUCUCUGAGGGACUCCGGACUUUCAAGUUCUUGGACCGUUACCCAUUGGAUGCGUAG